AUGUCCGUUUGCGUCGAGCCGUCUCUACCCCCAACCGACGACGACCAUCCCGACGUCACGAACAACGUCCACCGAGACCGAGACGACUCUCCUAUCGAUAGGCGACCGUCGCGAGACGACUACCAUGCCAACGCCAACGCAACACAAGAGUUGACCUCGAUCAUGACCGCCUCCAUCAUCACAACAAUCCUCAACACCGCCUCCAACCCCGUAUCUCCCGGCCCCUCCAGUCCUCCUCUCGAACAGGCCAAGAGCAAUGACUUCGUGCCCCCGACACGCCCGAGCAGCACUCCCUUCUUGCACCCCGAUCAACGGAACUCGGAUUGCUGCUAUCCGAUGGCCGACGCCGAUCACGCCGACGCCUACGGAGGCCCGGCCAUGACCACGUCUCCCUACUCCCUCGAGCCUACCGAGGCUUCGCCCUCUUUGAACCUCAACGACCUGCCCGCCGAGAUCCACGAGUGCAUCCUCGAUCACCUGUUCGGAUACCGCGUAUCCACGUCUUCCAAGAGUUCAGUCGGCAUGCAGAGCGUGACCAAGAGCUGGGGAACCGCACUGCGACACUCGCGGCGCAGAGAACUGUCGGAGUUGGCCCUCGUGAGCCCUGUCUGGAGGAUUCUGAUUCAGGAGCGCCUGUAUCGCCAUAUCAAGAUCAAGGCGACGGUGGAGUCGCUCGAGAUGGCCAUGAUCUACUUUAGCGAACACAACCACCUCAGGCGCUAUGUGAAACACAUUGAAAUUUGGUUCCCCGUCUUUCAGCCAAAGUACGGACCGCUGGCGCUAAGCACUACUCUCACCCUCCCAACCGUCACCAUGGACGGUUUGACGAAUGCGACUUACACCCUUCCCGCCAACAACUGCAGUCUCGAGGAGGCCUUUUCCUUUGUCUCCCAGGCACUGCCCGACGUAUGCGUUCUCACGAUCGAGGGAGGCGAGAGGAAGAAGGCGCCAAAAGUGCAACACAGCUGGCAAGGACGUCCUGCGGGCUGGCACCUGCCUACCCUUGAUUCGGUGCGCACGCUGGUGACGAAGGGUCAGUGGAACUUGAUGCGCGACGACACCGAUUUUGCCUCCAUUCUCGGCUCUCUUCCGAACUUGAACGAGUGGCACGGUUCUUACAGCAAGCCCAAGUCCAAGAGUUACUUGAGCAUGGCUAGCAUUCUCCCCAAACUCCCCACAAACCUCACGUAUCUCAACUUGUGCCUGGAAAGCGACUACCGCCGGGAGUUGACGUGCCCCCCAUUCUACAUGAAGGUCUCCAACCAGGUUCACUUCUGCACUCGACUGGCGGAUGCGACACCCGCGCUCGAGCACCUGGCUUACACCGGCCGCAUCUGCAAGGCAUUCUUCAACAUGGCGGCUAUCAGGUCGGACCCGAGAACGACGCGGCUCAAAACAAUCGACUUGACUGUCAAGAACUGCUGCCGUCCGGUUCCUCAGUUCCACGACUCAGGAAGCGGGAUUCAAGAUAUGAACUUUAUUCAUGCCUUCGAGAUGCUUGUUCUUGCGGGCAUCCACUCGAUGUCGACUCUCAAAGCGCUGGACUACCUGCGGAUUCGGUUUGUGGACUUGGACUCGCCUGUCCCACCACUGAACCCAUACUUUGUCCUGCGAGACGGCUGGUGUUCUGGCGUCUGGAGCGACAAUAUCCUGGCGGAAUUGAACCGGGUCCGGCCAAACGCAAAGUUUGAACAGCUGAGCGAGUCAUUUGGCGAAGUGGGAUUCAACAAAGACGGGCGCAUGAUCAUUAGCCCUGAUUAUCCCCGGUCAAGAGUCUUGUCUCUGAAGCUCGCCAACUAUGCACUCCUGGCGGGUAGUGUCGCUGCCCUGCCAUGA